AUGUCGUUUGCUCGCCGCUUCAUGUCGACUUCCAGGACCAUGGCCGACACCUUCUUCGACAUUACCAUCAACGGCCAGCCCGCUGGCCGCAUCCAGUUCAAGCUCCAUGACGACGUUGUCCCCAAGACCGCCGCCAACUUCCGUGCUCUCUGCACUGGCGAGAAGGGCUACGGCUACGAGGGCUCGGGCUUCCACCGUGUCAUCCCUGACUUCAUGCUCCAGGGUGGUGACUUCACCCGCCACAACGGCACUGGCGGCAAGUCGAUCUACGGCGAGAAGUUCGCCGACGAGAACUUCAAGCUCAAGCACGACAAGCCCGGACUCCUCUCGAUGGCCAACGCCGGCCCCAACACCAACGGCUCGCAGUUCUUCAUCACCACUGUUCUUACCCCCUGGCUCGACGGCAAGCACGUCGUCUUCGGCGAGGUCACCCAGGGCCUCGACCUUGUCAAGAAGAUCGAGUCGCUCGGCUCGAACUCGGGCAAGCCCAAGGCUGAGGUCAAGAUCGCCAAGUCGGGCACUGUCUAA